GGCGCAUGCGCAGAGAGGACAUCUCGCAUCAACUGCCGUCGCGAUGGGAUCGCUCGAAAGGCUCGGCGAUGUAGGAGUAUUACAUGCAUAGGACUGACCAUCAACGCUAUCAGUUGACGGCGGGCAGUCAACUGCAGUCAACGGUGAAGCGUUCCGUCUCGCCAGACAGCGUUUCCUAGGACGCCGUCGCGUGCGGUUGGCGGCCACCGGCAGUCCACCUGCUGCGAGUUCGAACCUGCGCUCAGUCCGCCGACACCAACCGCGACCGAUAGUUUAAAAAGGAAUCCAAAAAAUGACCGUGGGAAAGAUGAAUUUGGACAACUCCGAGGAGGAUCUCUCGUGGAUGGGAGAUUUGCCUUUCGGAGGCGCUCUAGAAAAAUACCGAUCUUCCGCAAGUUUUUCCUGGAAACGACUUCGAGUGGUUCUUGAAGACUCCAGCAAGCUCCGCCUGAAGAUGAAGGUAUGGAAUGCAAUGCAAGAUGAUCCUGAAUUUCAUCCUGACAAUAGAACGAUGCCAAGUGCGAAUGAGCAGAAGAGACGAGUGGCCAGACAACUUGCCCGUCUAAACCACUUGGAAUUUUUGCCAGCAAAUAUAAAGGAACUAGAUUAUAAGACAAAGACGGGGCUAAUAAUGGCUCUGAACGAGGCGACGAACGUGGUCAACCCUUCCCUAUCUGUGAAAGUGGCUAUAGGAAUUUACCUCUUUAGUAAUGCUCUUCUAAGUUUGGGAACCGAACGACACCUGCCUAUUUAUGAGGCAAUUUGGAACAAGAAGAUGCUCGGCUGUUUCGCUCUGACCGAGAUUGGUCAUGGAAGCAACACAAAAAUGAUGAGGACAACUGCGACUUAUGAUCCUAGUACGCAAGAAUUCGUUCUACAAACGCCUGAUUUUCAGGCUGCUAAAUGUUGGGUAGGAAAUUUAGGGAAAACAAGUACAAUAGCAAUCGUAUUCGCGCAGUUGGUGACUCUUGGGAAGUGUCAUGGACUGCAUGCCUUUAUCGUACCAGUAAGGGACCCUAAAACGUAUUUGCCCUACCCUGGUCUUACUGUAGGAGAUGUAGGUGAAAAAAUUGGCCUCCAUGGAAUCGAUAACGGAUUUAUUAUGUUCAAUAACUACAGAAUACCAAGGGUUAAUUUAUUGAACAGGACUAGCGAUGUCACGCCAGAAGGAGAAUACGAAAGUUCCUUCUCUGAUCCUGAAAAGAUUCUUGGCGCUGCUCUAGAAAAUUUGUCGGCUGGCCGUGUGGGAAUCUCACAGGAAUGCACAAAUAUCCUUGGUUCAGCAAUAGUUAUUGCUGUGCGAUAUGCAGCUGUCAGGACACAAUUUGCUUCAUCGUUUAUGACCAACGGUGAAACGGAAACGCCGAUAAUCGAAUACGAACUUCAUCGAUGGAGGCUGUUUCCCUACUUGGCUGCUGCUUGCGUUUUCCGACUAUGCAUGACUGAAUUCUCCGAUGUCUACUUAGAUCGUAUACAAAGAACUAUGGAAGCAAAAAGUAUAACCAACCUUACUGAAAUCGUGGCUGAAAUUCAUUGCAUUACAUCUGCCAUAAAACCUUUAAUUACUUGGACAUGUAGGGAUGCAAUUCGAGAAUGCAGAGAGGCUUGUGGCGGUCAUGGAUAUCAUAAAGCUGCUAAUUUGGGUGAGAUGAGUGCAAAUCAAGAACCAACUGUGACCUACGAAGGCGAUAAUAAUGUAUUAGUGCAACAAACUAGUAACUGGCUCUUGCGACAAUGGAAAGACUCGAAAAGUUCUUCUACUUCAAGUCCAUUGAAUUCCGUGGAUUUCUUCCUGAGAAGUAACAGUAUACUGAAAGAGAAAUUCAAUUAUAACAGUAUAAAUGAUAUAAUGACUUACAAAUUUGUCAAUAAGGCUUACGAAUGGUUGAUCACUUGGUUAGUGAUGGAUACUGAACGAAAAUUUCAAGAAGGGAUCUCCCAAGGUCUUAAUAAUUUUACGGCACGCAGUCGAACGCAAGUGUACAGAGCAGCGAAUUUAUCAAGGGCGUUUGGAGAAAUAACAGUACUGAAAUACUGUAAUAUCCGAGUAAACAAAGUCGUUCGACCUGGACCUAGUACAGGAAGCAUGAAAACUGUUUUAGACAAGCUGAUCUUAUUGUAUUCACUGUCAUGCCUUGAGAAACAUUUAACUACUUUUUAUCAAGGAGGCUACUGUAGUAAUUCACAAAUGACUGAUCUUUUACGGGAAAGUAUUUUGGAACUGUGCGCUCAGCUGAAACCAGAAGCAGUUGCUGUGGCUGAUGCUCUAGCACCUCCAGAUUUUGCAAUUAACUCUGUACUGGGAAUGUCGGAUGGAAAGGUGUAUGAACGUCUUGAAGAGGUUUUCAUGUGUAACCAAGGAGGCAUGGAAAGGGCCGACUGGUGGACGGAGCUUCUUUCUGCGUCGAAGAAUCCACUGAAAGCUCCACAGUCAAAGCUAUGACACUGGUUGCUAUAAUUUAGGAUACAUUUAUGUCGUUCACUAUACCUCUGCUGACAUUCACAAUUCCAGUGAAAGUUUAUUAAUCAUUAAUCUAGACGGGUAAUCCUGCGUGAUGUUUCCACUACCGGGUGUUUCGUGUGGCUAUUUGACAUUCGAGUCACACAUAUUCUUCAUUAUUUAAUAUUCGGAUACCAAGUAACUACGAUGUGAUAUAAAUCAGAUGUACUAAAUGUUUACCGCAAACUCGUAACAAACAACAAAAUAUCAGAUUUUAUAAACAUCUUUCCGUUAUACUGUUGACAUUCCACUGUCUUGCUAUAAUAAUAUAUAAUACUAUAUUAAGAGUGUAUAAACGCGUUACACUUAGGUGGUAAACAUUUAAUAUUUCUUAUUUAUAUCAUUCGGCUUAUUAAGAAUGUAUACUUGAAAGUUACUAUCAGCGAAUUUAACCGAGGCAUGAAAGAACAAAGUGUUACGAAAAGCUGUGAAGACCAAAAGAUGACGUAUUGGUUAUCAUUUUUCUCGGCGAUAAUUUGGAUACAUGUUAGAAGGAAAUCUAUGAUGCCUGUUUUAAAGUGACUUAAAAGGAACACAUUUCUAUGGAGUGUUAGACAGAUGGGAAACAAAGAACAUUACAUCUAGAAUAGAACUCUAUCGUUAGAUAUCAAGUGUCCUUGGCAAAUUCGAGAGCCGUUACUUUAUUCUUCGUACCUGUCUAAUGUACAGAGCUUUUCUCAAUAAGUGGUCAAUAACUUCAAAUGGACCAAAGUCUCCGUAUUUUUUAACUGUACCGUAAACGUGAUAAAGCUGGUGAUCUGUAAA